GCAUGCUCUUUGUGAAGAAUUCCAAGUGUGGCUUUCUGCUAUGACCCAGAUAGAGCUGGAGCCAACUAUUGACAUAUCCUGUGCUAAAUAUGAAUAUACUGAUGUGUUGCUGUGCCACGAUGAUGAGCUGGAAGGUCGGAGAAUUGCCUUCAUCCUGUACCUCGUCCCACCCUGGGAGAAAAGUGAUGGGGGAACGUUGGAUCUGUACAGCACAGAUGAACACUUUCAGCCACAGCAGAUCACCAAGUCAUUAGUGCCUUCAUGGAACACCCUGGUUUUCUUUGAAGUGUCUCCAGUCUCUUUCCACCAGGUGUCAGAGGUUCUGUCACAGAAGUGCCGCCUGUCUGUGAGCGGUUGGUUCCACGGCCCCUCCGUGGCCAGGCCUGCACGGCACAUUGAAGCCCCCUUGGCCAGGAGCCCACACAUCCCCUAUGAUCAUGAAAUAUUGUAUGAGUGGAUCAAUCAAGUUUAUUUGGACCUGGACUCCCAAGCUCAAAUCCAGGAGGAAUUUGAGGAGCGAUCAGAAAUUCUCCUGAAAGACUUUCUUAAGAAAGAGAAAUACCAACUACUAUGUGAAGCCCUGGAGAACAAAGAGAUCCAGUGGAGUAGUCGGGGGCCAGCCAAUAAAAGACUCUAUGAGGCAGCAGAGGAAGACAGCCUCCCGGACACCCUGAAGAAAUUCCUGCAGCUGCUGCGCUCUGAGGCCUUAUUUUUGCUGCUUUCCAACUUCACUGGCCUAAAACUGCACUUCCUGGCUCCCUCUGAUGAGGAUGAAGAUGCUGGGGAGGGACAAGCAGCAGACACCAGUGGGCACAGCAGCCCCAAACCUGAGCAGGAAGAGGCUGAACAACCAGCUAAUGGCAAUUCCCAUCAGCCACACCAGCCUGAGAGCAGCCCUGAAGCACAGGACGGCGAGACGCAGAGCAGCUCGGGCAGCCCUGUGUGUGCGGGGGAGCUGCGGCGCUGGACCCACGGGCACUACACUCUGGUCCACGACUCUCAAGCCACAGAAUUUGCACUUGACCUGCUCUUCUUCUGUGGCUGUGAAGACUGGGAUCCUGAAUACGGUGGCUUUACUUCCUACAUUGCUAAAGGUGAAGAUGAAGAGCUGUUGACAGUGAAUCCAGAGGACAACUGCUUGGCCUUAGUUUAUAGAGACAAAGAAACGAUGAAGUUUGUGAAAUACAUCAACCAUCGAAGCUUGGCACGCUUGAACAAGCAUCCAAACAAAACAGGAUUUUGGGACUUUUCCUUUGUCUAUUAUGAAUGAUGGUGUGGUGUGACCACUGUCACAGAGAACAGUGGUGGGUGCUGGGCAGGUUCCCACACAGACAUUCAGCUCUGACCUAAGCACAAACUUUGCUCAUGCAACUCCAUCACACUGCAUAAUGUGGGGGCAGGUGGUUUUUUUAACUGCAAAAAGGGGAAUUCAGUCUUCUUCUGAGUCCAUUGUAACACACUCUCAACUGCUUUUAAUGCUCUGUGGGUGAGGUUGUCACACAGCUGUCACCUUUCCAGCCGUUCUCUCGUGGGAGCAGCACAGUGGCAUCUCUGACCCAUCAGGGUGGGAAUUACAACUGUCCAUUGCCACAGGCUGCUGACUGAUUUUAUUAAAAAAAAAAAAAAAGGAAAUGGGUCAGUUAAAUGUUUCAUACCUGGUCAAGCAAGUUUUGUUAGAAAAUGCCCAAGACAUUUUCUGGUGCUUAACUGUGUUCCUGAGACAAAAAUAAAGGAGCCGCCAUGGGAAAUAUGAGGGUUUUCCAGCUGCACAACUCUGUGGAGUUGGGAAGGAAGACAGUGAGGCUAUAAAGGCAUUGGGAAGGACUUGGCACCAUAACAAGCAGGACUUCAUUAUGCUAAAUGCUGUAUAGACAGACCUAGAUGCAGCCCUUUUUCCAAAGAAUUUACAGCUAAACAGCCAAGAAGAAACCUGCUCCUGCACAGUCUCCUUGGGUGGGUGUGCACACAGCUCUGAGCUCCAGCCUCAGAACAGGGGCCAGGGACUGGGAGCAGGAAUGAGGCAUCUUACCUUUUACUGGCUUGGUGUCCAGAGCUAGUAGGGAGGUCACCAAACAGCAUGGCCUUGUGUCCUUUGUGUUAUGUCCUGGGAUCUCCUGAGUUUUAACAUGGCUUCUGUCACUGGAGAUCAGCUCAGAUGUUCAAGGCAGCAGCCAGCCAAGUCCUGUGGCAAACACUGCAAGAAAGGCAGUGAGUGUGGCCCUGGUGCAACACCUCCCUGCACAUUUUCAACACUGUGCACCUGCCCCACGUUCACUGCAAGCAGGACUGUGCCAGACUCACCUCUGAGGUGUCCAGCCCAGCAAGGGUGCAGCAGAGCUGUAGCAAUGCUUCAGGAGACAGCCAGAGUGCAGAACACUGCUGGAGACUCGGCCCUGGUCUGCACCUGCUUGCCUGGAACUUUGUUCUGUCACCCAGAGGCAAGUGUUCCUGCAGCUCAGGCAAGCCAGAGUGCAGGCCAUGGGCUUGCAGUGCAUGUUUAUUGCUCCUGUCUCUUCUGGGUGGGAGAGGGCAGCUUUGAGUUAAAGUUCUCUAAAGUUCUGCUCCUUCUCCCAUUCUGGGCCUGUUGUUGGAGGCCACCACAGUUGUGUAAAGCCACAGCUGGCAGUACAGGAGCAGUAAACUCAAAGCAAGGCAUGAGUGCUCUGCACCUUUCCUGAGCAGGUGGGAUGUCCUGUGGCCAUGUCUGCAUGAAGAUACAGGAGCAACAACCUUCAGCUUCGAUCCCAAUACACAAAGUUCAGUAAAGGAACUGCUGCCAUUGCUUCCAAAGGGAAAGGUAGCUCAGCCCCCAUAGGAGCCAGAGCAAGGGGCCAACACUGCUGUUAGAGUGUGCUGUGCAGGACUCUCCAGUUCCAGUGUCAGUUCCAUCCCAGAUGAUGAGCAGCUGCUCAGUUCUAGCUACUCCCUCAUGCUCUGUUGCCCAGGAAGGACGGCUGGGAGGUGGUUGCCCCAAGGUGCUGUUGCAAGAUCUUGUUCAUACUCUGACUCAUUUCCCAAAGCCAGCAUCUCUGUGUGCUGCCAAAACUCUCUUACUUGGUUUUAAUCUUCCUUUGCCACUUAUAAAGACACGGGGAUGAAGCUAGGAACAAAUCCUGAAGUGAGGACAGAACCUUUUGCAUCAUGAUUUCUGAGGCACUUUUUCUGCCCAUUGGGACAGCAGCUCUACCUGGGAAGAAAGCAGUUCUUAUAGAAACAAGUUCUUUUUCUGAGCUCUCCCCUAGAACAAGACAAGUAAUGGAGGUUUCAAAGAAAAAAAAAAUUAUUUGGGUAGUUUGGAACAAAAGUGACAGACACCACAGCUAUUCACAGCUUAGUCUGCUAGGCAAAGUUGGGAGUAAAUUAAUUAACAAAACAAAGUUCCUUCUUUGACUGCAUUGUGAGCCUAACAAUGUGCUUGGUAGAUCUUGGAACAUCCUUCCAGGAGAUUGGAAAGAAGUCAGGCUCUUUAGAGCUUGCUGCUUUUUAAUAAUAAGGGUAAUAAUAGUACACUAGAGGGCACACCAGCCUCUGCUUGAGCAAGCCCCUAUCUACCUGAUCACACAAGGAACCACCCUUCUUCCUCUGGUGACUCAGAUGAAGUCAUUUAAGAAGCCAAAUUUGCAGUUAGCUUUCAAAGGUUUAAAAAUGAACAUGUCUCUGCUCUCCCACCCUUCUUGUUAGGUCCUAAAGCCACAGGCAGCCCCAGGCAUGACUGGUGCUGCAGGUACACAGGAAAGACUUCACUCACUAAAAUUUCAAAUGACAGGAGCUACUGGAGGAAGAGGGGCCUUCAUUUAUACAGUGCCAGUAAUGGGAGAUUUCUCUAUAGAUGCUCUUGCUGGAUACCAAUCUGUAUUUACAAUUAGGUGCAGCUGCUUGCAAAGUACACACAUUUUUCAUUUGGCAAAGGUAAAAGUUGGUUUUACAGAAAAAUAAAUUACAAAUUUAUUAUCAGAAACUUAGAUAGGGGAAAUCAGCCUUACCAAAGGUCUGGACAGCAAGUGAAGGACUGACCUCACUGCCAGGAGCAGACCAGAGCUGGGGGUGUAGUCCUGAAAAUCAGACUGAUGGGAAAGCUGCUUUCUGAUCAGAGCCGCUCUCUUAUCAUUAAAUUGAGUACAUAAAUGUAAGCAAGCAAGCAUUAGGAUUUUGAACAUAAAAAACAAGAGCUUGAAACAGUGGGAACAGGUACAGCAAGUGGCAGAAAGCCCAGCACUCAUGCCAGGAGACUGUUCCAUAAUCAAGUCUCUGAGCUCACUUGCUUAGAACAGCAUGGGUGGCUCCCCACCCUUCUACCAAGCAGCUGGAUUUGACUAACAACCAGUUUCUUGGAAGGAUUGAAAUGAGCUCAGGCUGCAGAUUCUGACUGACACAGGUCUGUGCUUUCAGCAGCAGAGUUCUCCAUAUGGAAGGGGCCAAGGCAGUGGCGAGGGGCAGUUUUGGGAAUAAAACAUUGUGAGAAUUACAUUCCCCAUUCAGACUGGCCACACCAUGCUCACCAGUGGCUCUGUAACAAAGGGUGUUGCUGGUUUUAAUUCAGUAGUGGCUCAUUAAGAGACCAGUUAGAGGCCAUGACUCCUUCUGACAGCCCCAAGAAGCCACCCAAGAACUUUGAGAUGAACCAACUCCUCCCUGCCCAUUGUAUGGUGGCAAGGGUGACGCUGAUGCAGGAGCACUGGGGCCCAACCUCCAUCCUCUAAAAGUUAUUUUUAGCUUCCAAAAGAAAUUUGCUUUGGCAAAGGUUCUAAAAUACCUUUAGAUCUGAGAUAGAGCCUUACUGUAAUAUUUUAAUGCAAUUCUAAGAGAUCACACAACUAAACAGGUUUCAGCCAGGAGCCAAGUCAUUUUCCAAUACCUUCCUUUGAUCCCAUUAAGUACCACCAGCUCUUCAUGAUUAUGCACCAAGCUUGGGUGUGUAGUUUGUUUUUGUUGUUCCUGAAAUGCAUCCUUGCCCACCUCAGUAUCUGCAGUUUUUCCAGCAGUAGCACAGGACCAGUAGCUAGAAGCAAAACCUUCUGCAAUCCAGGUGUGGGGAGAGUGCUGGAUAUGAAACAGAACCACUUCCUACCUGCACAGAACAUGGAACUGGAUAUCUGUCAAAGAUCUUCUGGCUUAAGAGCCAGCAAGAUGUUAUCUUUUGGUGGUUUUCAUGCACUGCUCUGCAGUUUACCUGGAGAGCCACGCGUCCCUGCGUGAAACCCCGGGCUCUCCAGCACAGGGAGUUCAAGUGUAAAUGAACCAUGCAGCAGAAAUCAGAGAAUUUGUUUGGGUUGGGUUUUUUCAACACGUAAAUUUAGCAGUAAACAUCUCCCCAACUAAAUCAGAACAAAAUCAAUCAAGCCAGUCUAUGUUUUAAUGGAAAAGACCAAUGCCUUAACUACAAAAUAUAUUUAAAUACAUAAAUAAAUUACUGUAAUAAAAAAUAACUGUUUGAACUUCUGUCUUACAUAAAUACCACAUCUGCACUUAAACUCUGAUGCUCUCUUCAUGGAGUUUUGGUCUCUGUAAUAUUUCUCACCUGACAACUUAACUACAGCAAUAUCAUUGUAAUUACUUCACCCCACAGUGGAGUAGGGGUCUGAAUUAACUGCUUGUCACCCAUUAUCUGCUCAGUGCAUGGAAUCACUGC